AUGAAUAUAAAAUCAAAUAAGACAACUUAAAAAAACAAAAAGUCUACUAUUAUCUCCUCUGAUUUGCUUGAUAUUACUUAUAUAUGUCCUAGAAUUCUUGCAAUGUCCUUCCCAAAUGAUAGGAAUUCAGGACAAAAAAAUAAUAUAGAUGAUGUAGGAUUAGUUUAUAUUAUUAUUAGGUUGCAUAAUAUUUGUAAUAACGUCACCAUAAUGAUUAUCAGAUUUAUAAUUUAAGUGGGAUACAAUAUGAUCAUACAAAAUUCAAAGGAAAAAUUUAUACUUUUGUAUAUGAUAGCCCUUAUUAUUUUAGCCAUGGGAAGAGAAAUCUACACCUAAUUUAGGAUAUUUGUUUAUGUUGUGUAAACAUAUUGAUGAUUUUUUAUCAUGUAUUUUAAGAAUCUAUUCUAAGCAAAAUUAUCAAAUGUAAUUAUUGUGCAUUGUAUUAACGGAAUUGGAAGAACUGGAACUGCAAUUUGUUGUUAUCUAUUAUACAGUGGUCGCUUUUCUAAUGCUGAAGAAGCAUUGUUUUAUUAUGACAAAUAGAAACAUUUAAAAGGAGGUGGUAUUACUAUGCCAACUUAAUUGAGAUAUGUGAAAUACUUUGAAAAGUUAACAUUAUCUGUUAAUAAUUAGAAUAUUAUUCUAAAGAAAUAUAUAUCCACCUAUCAAAUACUUAACUUCUAUAGUUAUUCAUGGUAUACCAGAUAUUCAAGAUAAAUAAUGUAAACCAUUUUUAGAAAUUUAUACUUAUGAAAAGUCUUGCAAAACUUUAAAAUAUACUGAUAAAUUAGAAGUAUUAUUUAUGUGAUCUUAGUAUAAAGAUUAAAAGAAAGCAAAAGAUUUAAUGUUGAAAGAUAUCGAAUUAAUUAGAAUUAAUAUAGGCAAGCCUUUUUUGGCAAUUGGAGACAUAAUGAUUAAAUUUAAUCAUAAUGGUAUUAUUAUAAAAAACAAUAAUGAGGCCAUUUUGAAGUAGAACCAAUGUUUCGAGUUUCUUUUAAUACUGCCUUUAUUGAAGACAAGUAAAAUAAUAUUAAAUGAAUAAGCAAAUUGAUUUUAAAGAAUGAAGAUUUAGAUCCUUCCAAAUUACAAAAAGAUGAUAGAUUUCCUGCUGAUUUGAAUGUUGAGAUUCAAUUUAAAGAUUUCUGUAAAUGCACAAAUGAAAUAUAAUUUAAUUAAAGGUGUAAAAGUUGUUCAAACUUAUCUAAACAACUUUGCCCUGAUUGGGAACUAAUCUAAAACAUUCUAAAUGACUACAUUAAGCAUACUGUUGAAGAGUCUUAAAUCUUAUUAUUUGGAGAUGCUGCAUUUGAUAAUCUCAAUGAUGUGAAAUAUCAAACAUGUAAAAUAAUUACUAUAAAUUUAUAGUUUAAGGAGGACGUGCUCGAACUGAUAUUAUUAAAGAUAUCGAUGAUGAUUUUUGA